GUGUGUGAUCGCUGGGUGGAGCAGCAGUGUACGGCAGGUCUCGUCUCUCAUUGCGGCGGCUGGAGAUCCAUCGAGCGGCGGCGGAAUGUCGCUCCGCUGUCCGUGUGCGUGAAGAGCAGGUGGAGGCAGAGGAGGAGGAGGAGGAUGGAGGAAUCCGACAGCAUCCCCUGCACCGCGGAGGACGGACUCCUGUCGAGCUGGAGAUGGAACAGAACCGCCAGGGAUCAGGUCCAGAUCAAGCAGAAGAUCCGAGAUCUGCCCGGAUUACUAAAGCACGGACUGAACCUGCGCAAAAAGAGCCAGUCACCUGACACCAUCCCAGGACCCAGCACGAGCGUCACACCCAAACCCAAGACUUGUUCUCAGAGUUUUCCCUGCGCUGGACGUGCGCUGAGAAACGCCUUUCUGUCUCAUGGACCGUAUCCAGCAAAAGACAAGAUCCACCUCGCCAGGAUCAUCAGGAGGAGUUAUGUCGGUGUGGAGCUGGUCCAGUGGCUCCUGGAGCAGUGUGUGUCAGUUCAGUGCAGGUUAAUGGCGUCUCGUGUCUGGCAGGUGCUGCUGGAGCUGGGAAUACUGCACUCAGUCGACCAGCGGCUGGUGUUUGAAGACUCCAACACAUAUUAUCAGUUCUCGUUCGAGGAGUGUGAUGCUCAGGGCUGUGAAUUUCGCAGCGAGGAGGAAUGGCAGAACGGUGUCCGUCUUCUACUGCAGCUUGUGCCCUACGUUCAGUUCAGGGUCGUCAGCCCACCCGAGGAAGACCCGGAUAGAAAGCGUGAUAUCUGCAGCGAGAUCCUGCAGAUGAAGGCUCUGGAGAGACUCACGUCCACGGUGCAGAAUGAACUCGCUGCUGCUCUCGCCAGGAAAGCCAAGAAGUCAAUGUCAGAAGACGAAAGCUCGGAGGCAUCAGACGCUUCUCCUCAAGAACCGCUGAAGCCCACUGAAGACAGAAGCAAGCAGGCGGGCGUCUGUGGCCUCCGGGCUCCAGAUGACCUCUCGCGGAUGGAGAUGGUCCAGCGGCUGGCCAAAGACGGCUAUCGGUUCCUCCAGAACCAGAACUACCGGCUCCCGGACCGCUCCGCUCAGGUGCAGGGCGAGGGCGUUGUGCGCGUCUGUCUGAAGGAGAGGGGUCAAGACGUGCUGGUUCUCCAGAGAGUCCCGUCAGAUCCAGCGUCUCCGCAAACAGCCGGAGUCAAAGAUGAGGACAGCGAUAAGAGGUACGUGGUGGUGUCCGGGACGCCCCAGAAGAUCCUGGAGCACCUGCUGAGUGACCUGCGUCUGGACGAGCAGCAGGGGGCGACGGAGAGCAAAGAGGCAGAAAUGCUUCUGGACGACUUCUUGCUGACGUAUCUGGUGUUCAUGUCCACCAGUGAGCUCUGCCAGGCGCUGCUGGGACACUACUCUACGAAGCGCUGCCGGGGGAAGGAGGAGGGAAAGGAGGCCCUCUUCAGGAAGAGGAAAGUACUGCACCUGGUGUCUCAGUGGAGCACGCUGUACAAGGACUUCCUGCGAGAGGAGGAGAACCUCAAGACCUUCAUGAAGACGUUGUAUCGAUAUGUGCUGGAAGACGUUUAUGAGUUCCCCACGCUGGAGAAGGACCUGAAGGAGUUCCAGAAACUUCUGCGACGGAGACAUACGGUGGACGACUAUUCUCCACACCAAAAGAAUAAAGGGCUGUACCAGCAGCUGAGUCUGAAGGAGAACUGUGUUCCUCUCCGAGCAUCUCCAGUCGAGAGCAAGGACGUGAUGUGCCGUGUGUAUGUGAGCUGUGAUUCGUAUCUGAGCAUGCGGGUGAAGCCUGCGGUCGUGGCUCAGGAGCUGCUGCACAUCGUCUCUCAGCGGAUGGAGCGAUCCGAGGACGACAUGAUGCUGGUGGCACAAACCUAUAACGGAGAGAAGCGUGUUCUUCAGCCGCAUGACAGUAUUUACUCUGAGUCUCUGACGGCACCCAGCAGACUGAUCGCCUGUCGCAGAGACCUCAGCGAGAUCCUGCCGCCGCUGACGGAGUGUCCAGAGCUGGGGCAGAAGCCCGUCAGACUGCUGGGCAUCAACACGUGGGACGUCGCUGUGGCGCUGACAAACUUCGACUGGAAUCUCUUCAACUCCAUCCACGAGCAAGAGCUGAUCUUCUACACGUUCAGUGGUCAGGCGAGCAGUGGACACACGGUGGCGCUAGAGUUCCUGCUGCAGCGCUGUAAUGAGGUGCAGCAGUGGGUGAUGUCUGAGGUGCUGCUCUGUCCCUCGCUCAGCAAACGAGUGCAGCUCCUCAAGAAGUUCAUCAAGAUCGCCGCGCACUGUAAAGCGCAUAGGAACCUCAACUCCUCGUUUGCCAUCAUCAUGGGCUUAAACACAGCCGCUGUCAGCCGCCUCAACCAGACCUGGGAGAAAGUUCCUGGAAAGUUCAAGAAGCUUUUCUCUGAGCUGGAGCUGUUGACUGAUCCAUCCAUGAAUCACAAAGCCUACAGAGACGCUUUCAAGAAAACGAAGCCGCCCAAAAUCCCCUUCAUGCCUCUGCUGCUCAAAGAUAUCACCUUCAUCCACGAGGGGAACAAAACAUUUCAGGAUAAUCUGGUGAAUUUCGAGAAGCUGCACAUGAUCGCCGAUACGGUCCGACUCAUUCGCCACUGCCAGACGGAUCAGACAGGGAACGAGCUUUCUGCGUGUGACGGUCCCGAGGUGCGCUCCAGCGUCCAUUACCUUCACAUCAUCGACAAUCAGCAGACGCUGUUCCAGCUCUCGCACAGACUGGAGCCCCGAGUCUGAGACACACAGAGACCCAGAGAAAGAGCGCCGCCUGCUGGACAGAUUCACACUGAAUCAGUGACUCUCUCAGAGCCCAGCGAAUCAUGUUCAGACAUCACCAUAAAACACUUCUUUCUUAAUGUAAAAAAUGACUGCCGGUCGACGAAAGCUUUUUCCUGUCCGUGCUUUUUCAGCAUUGUUUUUGUUGAAAUGCGGUUGUCAAUGUUAUUUAACUUCUGCCAGCACUCUGGACCAUAUUUAUAUAUGAAUUUAAUACUUCAGAUUGUUAGGGCUGGGCGAUAUGAUCAUAAAAUAAUA